AUGGCUUCCGAGCAGAGCCAGCCAGAGAACCUCCCGGAAGUCAUCACUGGAGGUGGUGCUUUUUCUCUCGAGUUUCCGCUGUCAGGCCAGCAAAAUAUCCCAGACACCAGGGAGAUCUUUACUCGACUUCAGCUCCAAUGGAGGAACGGCACCACGUCAACGCAGUACUUCCGAGCACAUAUUCCGUCCAUUAAGCCGUCUCUGUUGAAUGAACCAUUCGACAGUAUACACAUCAACACCGGUAUCUGCUUGUUUUCUAAAACUGCACUGUCCUUGGACCCCGGCAAUGAUCCACUCGGAAGUGACAGCGAGAAGGUCACAAUCCCACGGGUUCCGGAAAGGAAUGAGGAUCUGACCCUCUACGAGCUUGAAAUCAUCACCAGACUCUCCUUGGCGAUUGCAGAUACCGCCGCACUUAUCGGAGGCGCCUGUCGCAACCAUUGUACCCCAAUCAACAUCAAUCUGGACAUCCCUGACUUCCAGUAUUUCUGGACCGCCUGUGAGCUCUUGCAGCGAAACUUAGUCGACGUCACAUUCGUUAAUAGCUGGAUCGACGCAAUGAAUGUGCGACGAUGUCGUCUCUUCAACAUCAUGUCUUCGAUGAUCAACAGCUCUCUAAGAGAGCGCCAAGUGAGCAAUGUCAAGAUAUGUCUGACAUCUGGAACCGAAGCGGCAGUAGAAUCGAUUAUGAAGAGACUCCCUGCCGGCAUGAUGCCGUCCCUCAACGAGCUCCUGGAUGGCCUGCAACAAGGACAUUCUGACGCAGAACAAUGGAAGAACUUCCUCGCCAAUCUGGACUCACGGCACCAGCCCUCUACCAUCAGCGAGCUUGGCCGACUGAUGUAUGUCUUCAAAGCCGUGAAACCGGCUCUCGCGCAUGGACCCCAACAAUUACCCAAUAGCGGUCCUCGGAGCCACCACAAGAAGAAUCUGAUCAUCAUGGUCGAUAAUAGCACCGAAUGGCGUAUUUUCGAUCGCGCAAGAACGUUCCUGAAACGGUAUACCAAGAAUCCAACCGACGGCGCAGGUGAGACCAUCAUGCUCGGCCUCUUCCCCCUGGAGAAGAUCUUCGUAGCUGGGGCGCGCCGCUCGGAUCUCUACCUCGAGGACCCGGGCUCGGAUAUGUGGAGGGAAAAUGAGCCGUCGAGGGUAGGCCCGUUGGACGUGAUCGACGCAGUGUAUGGGUCGACUGUUUCCGAACAGCUGCAGAGCCUGUGCCGUCGUGAGGGAUUCAAAGCUGCAAUGCGCGAGCCAGCUCACGAGUCCAAGCUCAGCGCCUUGAAUAUCCAUAAAAUGCUCAUGGCGCUCUAUUCCCAGAUUACGAUGAGGUUAAGAGCGUGGCUGAAAGCGCCGGUGUAA